CAUAAUCCGGAAGCCCUCCUCUCUCUCUCUCUCUCGAUCGAUCGUGAAACCCUAACGUUUGAUCUCAGAUCGGAGAAGAUCGAAAGGCCUAACGCAGGAUCUGGGUCAGCAUGGCCCAGAUCGAGCAAGCGUGGCACCUCCUCAUUGCCCUCGUCCGGCUCGGCCGCCCCACACCCGCCGCCGACCUGGCGGCCAGAUGCGACCUCACGCUAUCUCCUUCCCCCGACACUGUCGAAUUCCUCUGUCGGAUCCCCGGAUCCCCGCUGCUUCUCACGGAUGGUGGCUUCGUCACUAUCUCCGACACUGCCGUGGCCACUUUCCUGGGAUUCCUGUCUAGCGCCGUCGCUCCAUUUGUGCCGAGGAUCGCGAUGGUGGGUUCGGCACAGAUGAGGACAUGCGGCAAUGUUUCGGUUACGUAUGCGAGGAAGAGGAAGGUGCGUCCUUUGGAUGAUGAUCUGGUCGCUGAUGUGCCGAUAGCGAAGAGGAGGCUUCUAUUGCCUUGUGGAGGAGAUGUGGAAGAAUUGGGAGGAUUGAAUAAGGAGGUUUCGGAUCAGCUUUCGAUUGUGAAAAAUGCUGAAAGUGCUGCUACAAAGGCUUCGCAGUUUGAUCUUAUGGUUUCUAAUAUUCUGAACAAUGAUGUUCUAUCAGUUGGCUUGUCUGCACCUACGUAUCCCUUGAGCAUCUUAAUCAAAAGAAACCCUUUACCUCUGUCUCUCAGUAACCCUAAUGAGGUCCAGUCAUCUUAUGCAAUUCAAGCAAUACACAAAAAGUUAUGCAAUAUAACACGAGCAACAGGAGUGCAUGAAGUUUUGUCAGAUUUCCUGAGCUUCAAACAUGACUAUGGUAUUGAGACUAGUGCCAACAUUCCUAAAGAAAUUGCACCUGAUGAUAGUAAGAUUGGUGAACCAGUUAUAGCAGUGGCCUUUCAAGAUUAUAUGGAGCAGAAGCCAACUCAUUUGGAGAAUGAGACAGAGACUUCGACAGAAAGAGGCCCCCAAAUGACUGUCCCAUUGACUUGUAGGAUCAAGAAGGAUAUAAGUGAGACAAAUGACUUUGGAGCCACAAAGUAUGAUGAUGAAACCCUUCUUGGUCAUGCAUUAAUACCAAUAGAUGGUGGAGAAGCCACUGCUGCAUUGUGUUCUCAAUCAAAAGAAACUUCAGUUGAAAUCAACCCUUUGAAGAAAAGCCUAGAGGAAUUUGUCCCUGCAGAAUGGACAAAUGAAAAGUUGGAACCUUCUGCACAAUGUUUAUCAGCAAAUCUAAGAUCUGUCAAUAAGAAGCAAAGCAAAUCCUUCGUGAAACCAAAUACGAUGGAUAUACCAAAUAUGGUUGCAGGGUUGAAUAAUUAUACCCCAUCAAUAGAUCACCAAAGACAUGGUUGCUCCUUGAAAAAACGUCAAGAAAAAAGGGAUCCUAAAAUUAUGGUUAAGAAGCAAACUAUGCAGAGCAUCUGCAAGAAAGAUACUCUUAUCAAAGAUCACAAGGACACAUUUCCUGGGGCAUCUAAAUGCGACUUCGAUCCAAAGUUACUGCCAAACUUUGAAUCUUUCAUCAUAGAGGAAGAGGAAGGUUCAGGUGGGUAUGGUAUUGUGUACAGGGCUCGAAGGAAGACAGACGGAAAAAUAUUUGCAAUAAAAUGUCCUCAUGCCAAUGCUCAUUCACAUCACAUCAACAAUGAAAUGAAGAUGCUGGAACAAUUUGGAGGCAGGAACUUUGUAAUAAAGUUCGAAGGCUCUUUCAAAAGUGGCAAUUCAGAAUGCUUUGUUCUAGAACAUGUGAAGCAUGAUAGGCCAGAGGUCUUGAAAAAGGAGAUAAAUGUAUUUGAACUUCAAUGGUACGGUUAUUGCAUGUUCAAAGCCCUUGCCAGCUUGCACAAGCAGGGUAUUGUGCAUCGGGAUGUUAAACCUGGAAAUUUUCUCUUCUCUCGCAAGCUCAACAAAGGAUACCUUAUAGAUUUCAACUUGGCCAAUGAUCUGCACCAAAAGUUUCUCAAAAACAGAAAACAUGAGGCUGAUUCCAUUGUAAGACCAAACCCAGUUCCUAUACCAGACAUGAAGUCGACUUCACGUAAACAAGCCAAGGAAGCAAUGAAAGAAGGAAUUUUGGACAAUAGAUUCAAGGAGGCGACCAAUGACUCGAAGAAACAUCUUACCAAAAGCUUGAAGAGGUCCGAGAGAAGUGCAAUGGAUGUCUUACCUAAACAUGACAACAAAAAUAGGUGCGGAAGUCAAGCUGCCGAUGUUUCUGGCGUAACAUCAGCAAAAGAUCCAACAAGUGCAAGGACUGAUAAGUUGAAGCAACCAAUUCCUUGCAAAGGGAGGAAGGAGCUAAUAAAUUUCUUGCACGAGGCAAUGCAAACUCCCAGUCCGAAGGGAGAAGCUGUUCCUACUUCUCAGAGGAAAAGGGUAGCUGCUCCUUUGGGUAAAAUGGAGAGAAAGCCGGUAAUACCUACUCCUAUGCCAUUGCAUUAUGGUGGGAUUCCUGUUGCUGGUUCGGGCACAUGCAGUAACAAAAGAAACGGGAAGCAGAAGAGAGAGGGUCCUUGCGUUGGAACCAAGGGCUUUCGAGCUCCAGAGGUUUUGUUCAAAUCUCUUCAUCAAGGCUACAAAGUAGAUGUCUGGUCUGCUGGCGUUACGUUACUCUACUUGAUGAUAGGAAGGUCGCCUUUCGGCGGUGAUCCAGAACAGAAUAUAAAGGAAAUUGCAAAGUUGAGGGGUAGUGAAGAUCUGUGGGAAGUGGCCAAACUCCACAAUUGCGAGUCUUCGUUUCCUCAGGAAUUGCUCGAUUUCCGAUCGCUGCGAUCCACAGAGCUGAGAGAAUGGUGUGUUCUUAACACCAAGAGGCCAGAGUUGUUGGAGGUGAUUCCACGAUCGCUGUUUGAUCUCGUGGACAAGUGCUUGACGGUGAAUCCAAGGUGCAGGAUCACCGCCGAGGAAGCUCUGAUGCAUGACUUCUUUGCCGCGUGCCAUGAGAGCCUAAGACAGCAGAGGAAGCUGAGGAGGGAGGCCGCCUUGGAGUCUGGAACUCCCUUUGCGGGUGCUGUGUAAACCUCCUUGCCGGAUCAGCCAAUUCCACUGGAUCGGCGAUGGUCGUGGCCAAUUCAUUUUCUUCAGAUGCUGACCCAAAUGAUGAUUUAACUCAUGCCUCAUGUACAUUUUGGUAGAGAGCGCCCAAUAUGCAUGGUAUCCGUGGGGUUUUAAGUUGGAAGAAGACUCGCCGGAUUACUAUGGUGUUGUGUGCUUCUAUCAAUGUCAUAUAUUAUUAAUUUAUACAAACAAACAAUCAGAGCAUAUUGAGUAU